AUGGCGCCGCAUCCCUUCAAGAUCCUCAGCCUUGAGGAAACACGCAUCGCCCGUGAUGUCAUUCUCUCCCUCCACACAGACGCCGUCAUCGACUUCAGGGAGAUCUACCUGCAAGAACCCCCCAAGGAGUUGAUGAAGCAGUACCUCGACCUCGAGCAUGCUGCUAAGCCCGGCCACUCGCCCACCUCCAAGCGGCCUCCACGAUUGGCUCUUUGCCAAUACGAUGUGGUUGGCACUGACAAGGUUGCACACUACCACGAGUCAGUCGUCGACGUUGAGCAGCGAAAGAGAGUCCGUCACGAGGUUAUCUCAAAGACAUUCCAGCCUAGCUUAUCACCAUGGGAAUUCGAGCGUCUUGUCAAUGCAUGCAAGCAGAGUCCCGAAUUCCAAUCGGCUGUUGCCGAGCUUAACAUUCCCGAGGGAUUUGAGUUGGUCGUUGAGCCAUGGCCAUAUGGUCCCGUUGAACCCAAAUACGAGAACAAACGAUACUUCCAAGGCCUCUGCUUUGCUCAGGACUUGAGGAAUGGAAACCCAGACUCCAACUUUUACGCCUACCCACUGCCCCUCAUCGCCGUCAUGGACGCCGAGACACAGAAGAUUGUCCGUGUCGAGCGCCUGGCGACUGGUGGAAAGGGCGAUGGUCUGACGGCCCAGACGCGCGGACCACGCGUUCUUGAUCACUGCGAGCCAGCCGAGUAUGUUCCUGAAAUGGUCGGCGGCGGACUGCGUCAGGACGUCAAGCCCAUCAACAUCACACAGCCAGACGGUCCCUCGUUCAAGGUCACGGACGAAUCCCUGGUUGAAUGGCAAAAGUGGCGCUUCAGGGUGUCCUUCAACGCUCGUGAGGGCGUUGUUCUGCACGACGUUCACUACGAUGGAAGGAGUAUCAUCUACCGUAUGAGCAACAGCGAGAUGACGGUGCCAUAUGCCGAUGCCCGUCCACAGUACGCCCGCAAGCAGGCGUUUGACUUUGGCGACGGAGGUGCUGGUGCCUGUGCCAACAACCUUUCUCUGGGCUGCGACUGUCUAGGUGCCAUCAAGUACUUUGACGCCGUUAUCAUUGGCAACGACGGCGAGCCCAGGGUCCACCCCAACGUUAUCUGUCUGCAUGAGCAGGACGCCGGUAUUGGCUGGAAGCACACCAACUGGCGAACCGGACGCGCUGUCGUGACGCGCAUGCGAGAGCUCGUCGUCCAGUUCAUCCUCACCCUUGCAAACUACGAAUACGUCUUUGCAUUCAAGCUCGACACGGCUGGAGGCAUUGGCCUCGAAGUCCGCGCCACUGGCAUUGUCUCGUGUGUCAACAUUGACCCAGGCAAGACUUCAAACUUUGGCAAUGUCGUUGCCAACGGCGUGCUCGCCCAGAACCACCAGCACAUUUUUGCAGUCCGCGUCGAUCCCGCCAUUGACGGACACAACAACACACUCAUGUACGAGGAAUCGCACACGGCGCCGUGGAACGAGGAAACGAAUCCCAACGGCAACUGGUACGAGAUCCGCAAGACGGUUGUCGACAAGUCGGGCGGUCUCGACGCCAACCCCUUUGACAACCGCGUCUUCAAAAUCAUCAACCCUUCCAAGACGAACCCCAAGAGCGGAAACCCCGUUGCAUACAAAUUCGCGCCCUUGCCCACGCAAAAGAUCCUCGCGGCCCCCGGUAGCGUGCAGCAGCGCAGAGCCCUCUUUACCAACCAUCACGUGUGGGUGACAAAGUACCGCGACGGCGAGCUCUACGCCGGCGGCAAGUACACCAUGCAGAGCCAGACGGAGAAGAACGGCGUGCACGACUUUGCAGCGCGAAAAGACAAUGUGACCAACGACGACAUUGUCCUAUGGAGCGUCUUUGCCCUGACACACAACCCUCGCGUCGAGGACUGGCCCGUCAUGCCCUCUGAAAUCCACCAGAUCCACUUCAAGCCCAGCGACUUCUUCGACCGCAAUCCCGCCAUCGACAUGCCCAACACCAAGAACCCGUCGUCGGUGCUCGUCGGCAGCGGCUGCUGUGAGCAAAAGCUAUGA